AUGUCCUACCCGAACUACGACCAAUACCAGAAUCCAGGUGCCCCAGAUGGCAGCACUGGUCCUAGCGCACCAACACCUCAAGAUGGCCAAAUGGGUGGUCAAAUGAAUGCUCAAAUGAGUGGUCAACCAACCGAACAGUCUCAGACGCCGUUCCAAAGUGCCCCCUCAGGUGAUAGUACCACACCCGGCGGAGGUCCGGGUGGUGACCAGAAAACGACACUCUGGAUGGGUGAACUUGAGCCUUGGAUUGAUGAGAACUUCGUUCGCAACCUCUGGUUUCAGAUGGGGGAGCAGGUCAAUGUCAAGAUGAUUCGUGAUAAAUUCUCAGGGAAUGCCGGAUACUGUUUUGUCGACUUUUCCAGCCCACAAGCUGCGGCCAAAGCUCUUACUGUGAAUGGAACGCCAAUGCCCAACUCAACACGCCCGUUCAAGCUCAACUGGGCUUCUGGUGGUGGUCUUGCUGAUCGAAGCCGUGACGACCGUGGUCCAGAAUACUCUAUCUUUGUUGGGGACUUAGGCCCUGAGGUGAACGAAUACGUUUUGGUCUCCCUCUUUCAAAGCCGCUUCCCAUCCUGCAAAUCUGCAAAGAUUAUGACUGACCCGAUCUCUGGCAUGUCACGUGGCUACGGCUUUGUUCGCUUCUCUUCAGAGGAAGAUCAGCAGCUCGCACUGAGUCAGAUGCAAGGUGUCUAUUGUGGGAACAGACCAAUGCGUAUUUCAACUGCUACACCGAAGAACAAGGGAGGCCCUGGUGGACCUGGUGGUAUGGGUAUGCAGCAAGGCGGUGGUGGUGGUGGUGGGCCAAUGGGUUAUCCGCCAGCCAUGGGUGGUGGGCCUCCUAUGGGUUUCUACAACCAACAGCAGCCAAUGAACCAGUUCACCGACCCUAACAACACCACCGUCUUUGUUGGUGGGUUAUCUGGCUAUGUGACGGAGGAUGAGCUUCGUUCUUUUUUCCAUGGCUUUGGUGAGAUCACUUACGUCAAGAUUCCACCUGGGAAGGGCUGUGGCUUCGUUCAGUUCGUCCAGCGUCAUGCAGCUGAAAUGGCCAUCAAUCAGAUGCAGGGCUACCCGAUCGGCAAUUCGCGUGUGCGUCUCAGCUGGGGUCGUAGCCAGAACAACUCUGGUCCAGCAGGAACUCCAUACCGUCCAGCACCUCCUCCGCCUAUCUAUCCGUCAAUGGGAAUGCCCCCAUCGCACCAGUACGUAAAAAGAAUCCUAGAUCUUUCAAAGCACAAGCUGGAGUUUUUGAGCGACGAUUUCUUCCUCUUGGCCUGCUUUGGUGCCUUCUGCUAA